UCAUUUCUCUUUGUUCAUAUUUUUUUCUUUUGUUCCAUUGAAGUUCGUUCUUUCUUUCUGAGAUUGAAUCUACUUUCCUUGAAAAACCUUAUUGAUAGAUUAAUUUUGGUUAAAAUGUCAUUCAAAUCAGGGGAUACGAUUACCAAAGUGUUGAAAAGAGUUGGGGCAGAGAAAUUAGGAAAAGGAGUAAAAGAAACAGUGAAGAAAUUUACACCAAGUAAUGGUAGUAAGAUCACAAUGGGAAGAGCUAAAAGAGGUCUUUAUGGUGGUAUUCAUAUUCAGUUCGGUGAUCAAGUUAGUGAAGAUGGUGGUAACAGGACAAGGCGAACAUGGAAACCAAAUGUACAGGAGAAACGACUCUUCAGCUACAUACUUGAUCGUCAUGUUCGUGUGAAGGUCACCACACAUGCACUCCGGUGCAUUGACAAGGCAGGAGGAAUUGAUGAGUACCUACUGAAGACGCCAUACCAGAAGAUGGACACAGAGAUAGGUUCUUACUGGAAGUCUACAAUUGAAAAGAUGUAUGAAGAACGUGGGCAAAUGGACAUAAGAUUUUUCUCGCCCGAGGAAAAGGCUCUUAGGGAAGCAAGAAGAAAGGGUUACAAAGGACCAGGACAACCAAAGAAAAUCACGGAGGAACUCUCAGACCUUAGUUUGACUGAGAAAGAAAGUAGUGAGGUUCUCGCAGACAGUGAUGCACAUGAGCCGCUGGUUGCUCAGAUUUGAAAGUUAGUCCAGGAAAAACAAAAGAAUGAGAUCUAAACCUAGGGGCAAUUGAACAGUUUUAGGUGAUUAUAUCACCUAUAUACGCCAUGAAGGAGGUUGUGUUUGUUUUACUUUGAUGUAUUGGUCGGCAGUUAUGUUAACCUUUUUGGGAUGGUCUAUUUUUCAGGACUAAAUUUCAUGUUUCUGCAUCCUUCUUGCUCGUGGGGAGUCUGUCUGAUAAUAGUUAGAUAAUUCGGUUAAUUUCCUUCGUAUACUUUUUUUGGACAUUAAUGAACAACUUUUAUUGAUAUGGAUCAAGGAAAGGGAGUCUGCUACAGAAUAAAACAUUUUAUUUCUCUGUUUUCUGUUCAGAA